CCUCCAAGAGGAAGUCGUCGUUUCCUGGUUGGAAAGGGAUCCAGAAAUGAUCUCUCCAAGCUACAAAACCGUCAUCCAGGGCGAAGCCUCCGAGACUGACUCAGAGGAAGAAAUCAAUUGUUCGGCAUCCUCUCAGGCUGCCUUUGAAAAGCCUGCUGGACUUCAGGUCGCUGGGGAAGCCUCUGAAACAGACGAGGAAGACGAAGCCAGAAUUCCCUCUGGACCGAAAGCCGAGGCGAAAUGGAUCACGCCAGAUUUGCCUCCCCUGGUCGUUUACAGGGAUGAAGAGUCGGAGUCUCCCACCGCUGUCGAAGAGAAGCCCGCCCUUCACAUCAAACACCGGGGCCGAUACAGCACCCUACUACAGCAAAAGCUGGUGGAGAGUAACGCCCGCUUAUACUACGACAUCCACAACACCAUCAAACAGGUUUACCAAACUGCCAUCAAGGAGAUUGGAGCCAUUACGGGGCAGCUGAGCAAUUCCCAAAAUGGCAUCAUCAACGCUUCGCACAACAUACGGCUGGUUUUGGACGACCUACGGACCGUGGCAGACAAAAUAGACAUUAUUAACAGCUGCAGUUUGUUACCGGAUAUCCCGAUAGAGGUGCCUUCAGCACACACCUAAGAGACGGACGGACUGUUUCCUGCACACAGUUGUUCAAGGGGGUGAGGUUGGAUGGGACCCCUGCUUGUAGAGCUCAGCCGAAAACUGAAAUAGACUGAAACAUUUGUCCAGCGAAAAGAAAUCUUUGCUGCCGGUUUGAUAUACUUAAAUCGCAGUAGGUCCUCUACAAUCUGGCUCCAGCCCUUGUAAGUUAAGGCUGAACUGAACAAAAUAAAACUGCUUUCACUGUUUUGGAGAGAAAGGGACAAUGCCACUUCAAGAGAUAUAUGUUCUGCUGGCUGAUGCUUCCCGUCAUAUCUUAAAAAUGUAGACUUGAUUGCACAGGGUUGGAAGCACUUCAUGAGCAUGUAAAUGCAGCAUCACUUGGGACUCGUGAAAAUGUGUUCCAAAGAUGCUAAAUUGCCUUCAUUGAUACAUGUAGCUUAUUCAUUUGGAAGGAAUGUAUGAUCUGAGCAGGACUAAGAAAAAUGAAAUAAUUACUGAUUUAAUUCAUUGGUGGGGGUGUGAAUCAAAGGAGCUGUGGUAUCCUGUGAUGACCCAGGGUGGGAUACAAAAUAAACACAGUCACAAAAAAACAGGUGAGGCCCCUUU